CAGCCUCCGUGGCUUGGCCGCCUCCCGCUCCCGCGCCCGCUGCCGCUCGGCGCUCGCUCGGGGCUCCGCAGCCGGCGCGGCCCCUCCGCUGGGGGCUCCGCAGUGCCGGGCCCCGGUCCCUGCCCGCCCGCCCGCCGCCGCAGCGCCCCCGGCCCGGGCCGCCGGCACCAUGUAACCGGCCGGAGCCCGAGCUGGGCCAGGAGCCAGUGGUCCUGAGCCUUCUGAAGUUAGGAUUCUGCCUGUUGGUGGGGAUCCCGAAAUCAAGGAUGGGCUACCCCGGAUGGAGGUUCCUGGGGCCUGGCCCCCAACACUAUGAAGAGCCUUCGCUGAGGCCAUGAGGGGUUACCAUGGCGACCGAGGCAGCCAUCCCCGCCCAGCCCGCCUUGCUGACCAGCAGCAUAUGGACGUGGGCCCAGCUGCCAGGGCCCCCUACCUGCUGGGCUCCAGGGAGGCCUUCUCCACUGAGCCCCGCUUUUGUGCCCCGAGAGCAGGCCUGGGACAGCUUUCUCCUGAAGGGCCUCUGAGCCUGAGUGAGGGGCCGUCAGUAGGCCCUGAGGGAGGUCCAGGGGGGGCUGGGGUUGGGGGGGGUAGCAGCACCUUCCCCAGGAUGUACCCUGGCCAGGGCCCCUUUGACACCUGUGAAGACUGUGUGGGCCACCCACAGGGCAAGGGUGCCCCCCGCCUGCCUCCUACACUUCUGGAUCAGUUUGAAAAGCAGUUGCCGGUUCAGCAAGAUGGCUUCCACACGCUACCAUACCAGCGAGGGCCUGCAGGAGCUGGGCCCGGGCCAGGGCCAGGGUCUGGCACUGCCCCAGAGGCCCGCAGCGAGAGCCCGAGUCGCAUCCGGCACCUGGUUCACUCUGUGCAGAAGCUCUUUGCCAAGUCCCACUCUCUGGAGGCGCCUGGGAAGCGGGACUAUAAUGGGCCCAAGGCUGAGGGAAGAGGCGGCUCUGGAGGAGACAGCUACCCCGGCCCAGGCUCUGGAGGCCCCCAUUCCUCCCACCACCACCAUCACCACCACCACCACCACCACCACCAGUCCCGGCACGGCAAGAGAAGCAAGAGCAAGGACCGCAAGGGGGACGGGCGGCACCAAGCCAGGGCCGCGGGCUGGUGGAGCUCCGAUGACAACUUGGACAGUGACAGCGGCUUCCUGGUGGGUGGGAGGCCCCCUGGGGAGCCUGGUGGUCCCUUCUGCUUGGAGGCUCCGGAUGGGUCCUACCGGGACUUGAGCUUUAAGGCACGCUCAGGCGGACCAGAAGGCCGCUGCCUUGCCUGCACUGGCAUGUCUAUGUCACUGGAUGGACAGUCGACCAAGCGAAGUGCCUGGCACACCAUGAUGGUCAGCCAGGGCCGUGAUGGAUAUCCAGGGGCUGGGCCAAGCAAGGGGCUCCUGGGUCCAGAGGCCAAGGCCAAAGCCAGGACUUAUCACUAUCUGCAGGUGCCACAAGAUGACUGGGGGGGUUACCCCACCGGUGGCAAGGAUGGGGAGAUCCCCUGCCGCAGGAUGCGGAGCGGCAGCUACAUCAAAGCCAUGGGGGAUGAGGAGAGUGGGGACUCCGAUGGCAGCCCCAAGACGUCUCCCAAAGCCGCCGCCCGCCGCUUCACCUCCCGCCGCUCCUCCAGCGUGGACCAGGCCAGGAUCAACUGCUGUGUCCCACCCCGGAUCCACCCCCGGAGCUCCAUCCCAGGCUACAGCCGUUCCCUCACCACCGGACAGCUCAGCGAGGAGUUGAACCAGCAGCUGGAGGCCGUGUGCGGGUCCGUGUUUGGGGAGCUUGAGUCCCAGGCCGUGGACGCCCUGGACCUGCCUGGCUGUUUCCGCAUGCGGAGCCACAGCUACCUCCGGGCCAUCCAGGCCGGCUGCUCUCAAGACGACGACUGCCUGCCCCUUCUUGCUGCCCCUGCCUCUGUCUCAGGGAGGCCCGGCUCCUCCUUCAACUUCAGAAAGGCCCCGCCCCCCAUCCCGCCGGGAAGCCAGGCCCCGCCCCGUAUCUCCAUCACCGCCCAGAGCAGCACCGACUCCGCCCACGAGAGUUUCACCGCUGCAGAGGGCCCCGCCCGGCGCUGCAGCUCUGCCGACGGGCUGGACGGCCCCGCCAUGGGCGCGCGCACUCUGGAGCUGGCGCCGGUGCCGCCCCGGGCAGGCCCCAAGCCCCCCACACUCAUCAUCAAGACCAUCCCGGGCAGGGAGGAGCUGCGGAGCCUGGCGCGGCAGCGGAAGUGGCGGCCGUCUAUUGGGGUGCAGGUAGAGACCAUCUCAGACUCGGACACCGAGAAUAGGAGCCGACGAGAGUUCCACUCCAUUGGCGUGCAGGUGGAAGAGGACAAGAGGCGGGCAAGGUUCAAGCGCUCCAACAGUGUGACAGCUGGCGUUCAGGCAGACCUGGAGUUGGAGGGCCUGGUAGGCCUGGCCGCGGUAGCCACAGAAGACAAGGCCCUGCAGUUUGGACGUUCCUUCCAGAGGCAUGCCUCUGAGCCCCAGCCUGGACCCCGGGCCCCCACCUACUCAGUCUUCCGCACGGUCCACACGCAGGGCCAGUGGGCCUACCGUGAGGGCUACCCACUGCCCUACGAACCACCGGCCACUGAUGGGUCACCCGGCCCUGCCCCUGCCCCCACCCCUGGCCCUGGGGCUGGCCGCCGGGACUCCUGGAUGGAGCGUGGUUCACGUAGCCUCCCCGACUCAGGCCGCACGUCCCCCUGCCCACGGGACGGUGAGUGGUUCAUCAAGAUGCUGCGGGCAGAGGUGGAGAAGCUGGAGCACUGGUGCCAGCAGAUGGAGCGGGAGGCGGAGGACUAUGAGCUGCCUGAAGAGAUUCUGGAGAAGAUCCGCAGUGCUGUGGGCAGCACACAACUGCUCCUGUCCCAGAAGGUUCAGCAGUUCUUCCGGCUGUGUCAGCAAAGCAUGGACCCCACUGCGUUCCCUGUACCCACCUUCCAGGACCUGGCGGGUUUCUGGGACCUCCUGCAGCUCUCCAUUGAGGAUGUGACCCUCAAGUUCCUGGAGCUACAGCAACUCAAGGCCAACAGCUGGAAACUCCUGGAGCCUAAGGAGGAGAAGAAGGUCCCUCCGCCGAUACCAAAGAAGCCCCUGCGGGGCCGGGGCGUGCCGGUGAAGGAGCGCUCGCUGGACUCCGUGGACCGGCAGCGGCAGGAAGCGCGCAAGCGGCUCCUGGCGGCCAAGCGCGCCGCCUCCUUCCGCCACAGCUCGGCCACCGAGAGCGCCGACAGCAUUGAGAUCUACAUCCCCGAGGCCCAGACCAGGCUGUGACCGACCCGGCCCGCCCAGCCCGGCCGGGGCCCGCGGUUUUCUACCCGUACUGUACACCCAGCGUCGAGGUCACUGUGAACACGGGCCGCCCCGUGCGCCCGCCCCGCCGGUACCGCACGUCCCGGCUCCUGCUGCCCGUCACGCUCUCGUGGGUUUUUUACCUUCCUGACCCCACGCGGAGGCGCCCGGGCUCGGCAGGGGGCCGUGCCUCUCCACCCUGCGACCCUCACCGGGACCCCCUCCCACCUGGUCCGACGCUUUGUCCCCACCUCCUCCCUUGGGCACCAUCUCUGCCAUCAUUUCCCCUCACGGGCCAGGCCGGGCCAGGUCCCCCAUCUGGGCUCUGCGUCCCCCCACCCCGCGGGGCUGGGCUUCGUGGGGAUCAAGCUUCGUGGCUUUUUAUGAAGAAUCCCGACCCCCGCCUAGGAGCCACCCCACCCUCCUCCCCAGGGCUCUGCCCUCCGCCCACCGGGCCCAGGGACCACAGUGGCUGGACCAACCCAGGACCAGGGUGCCUGGGCCUCUCCCCUUUCCCAGUGGCUGGGGAGGGGAGAUGGGGGCUUCCCCUCACCACACCUGUGGCUGUUCCCACAUCCCCGUGAGUAUCCCAGGAAAAAUAAAACGCAGAACUGCAUUCUAGCCAGCUGCUGUCUCCGGAAGAAGCCACCUCUGCCCCGCGUGUCCACAGGGGUGGAGAGAGAACACAUUCUUGGUUUGGGGACAGCAGGGGUUGCUUGAGCUCCUCCCAGGGAUAGGCCAGCUGGAGGACAGGAGAUGUGGCCACAGUAAGGACCCAGACUCUCCUGGAGGGUUCAGGUGGGGUGAAGACAGAGGAUGAUCUCUCUCCACUUCCUGGUUCGCUGCUUCCCAUUCUGCUCCCAGCCCUCCCAGGGUUCCCCCAGAGAGGGAAGCAGGGAGCUGGCCUAGCACACAGCAUGUUUUCAAAAAACAGGGCGUGUGGUUAUUAUUAGGUAUUGACAAAUAUUGGUUUCCUUUCCCCUAAGGGCACAGUGUUCCUUCACUCCAGUCAUUGCUGAUCCGCAGCAGCAGAACUGUUUGGUUUAGUCCUGUCACGUUUUCUGAAGCCUCUGUGGGGGGGGGGGCUUCCUUGGUUGGGGAAGGGGAGGUACAAAGAACAGAACUUUCCUGGGAAGCUAAGUGGCAACCCAAAUCUAGUAUUGAUGGCUAGUAUCUAUUGAACGCCUCAUAGGAGUCAGGCAAGGGUGGGUGCUUUACCUGAAUGUAGCUCCUCCUUACAACAGAUGAGAAAGCUGAAGCUCAGGGCAGGUUAAGUGACCUGCCCAAGGUCACAGGGCUGAGAGUGGUAGACACAGGUCUAAUGCUAAAUCAUGAGCAUUCAUUUUUAUAGCCUUUUUAACCUAGAAAGUGUUUGUUGAAAGUCUCCAUCCAGAAGGCCCCCUUCUCCAUCCUCCAGUAGUCCUUGGGUUGAUGUGCCACCUGAGGCAGGAGGAAGCAUCUUCUAGAGGGUUGGCUGCUCUUCUGGGCCACACUGGUCCAACCAGUUCUCAUUCAUUUGUUCAACAGACGGGUAUCACUAUGGAGCACAGCAGGGACAGCCCUGAACAAGAUGUGGUUUCUGCUUUUAUGGAGCUUAUGGUCUGUUGGGAAAACCAAACAAGUAAAUAAGCAGUUAAAAUACAGGGGUGAGUGCCAGAAAGAUGAUUAGGGAGUAGCCGCUAGAGGAGGGCUUGGGGUUGAGAAGGAUGUUUGGGAUCAGAGAACAGCUAUGGAAAGGCCUGGAGGAGGUAGAGGCAUUGAGAACGUGGAGGCUUGAUUAUAUUGGCCCUGGGGGUCAUGUUGGGGUGGGUGCCCUAGGCCCUGACAGUGUGGGGAGCCAUAGGAGGGUUCUGAACAGGAGAGGGGCGUACACAUAUUUUACAGGCAGACUACUGAGAAAGCAAGAAAUGGUACCCCCAUGCUCACAUGAGCCUUCUGGAAGGUGGGGAGGGCUCCAGUGUGAUUUGACUUCCCAAAAGUGAAACUGGAGCUGAUCCCAUACAGAUUCCUGGGCCUGGUCCAAGACUUCGUGAAUAGGCUCUUUAUGAAGGAGUUUUUAACAAGUGCUCACAUGAUUCUGAUGAGCAGACAGGUUUAGGGACACUUAGAUUGGAUGGCUGUCGCUGGGUUUCCACUAGAAAUGCUCAUUUGUCUAUUUCCCAUAGACUUGCCAAAUGAGACCUUGGUGAGGUCACUUUACCUCUCUGAGAUUGUCUUCUCAUCUUUAAAAUAGGGAUAUGGGUAAGGUUUGAACUCAACGAUAUUCAGAGCAAUCUUGUAAAGCAGUUAUUUAUCACUUCCAUUUACAGAUGAGGAAACUGUGGCUUGGAGGUUAAACAACUUACCCCAAAUCACAAAGCUGGGAAGUGGUCAAGUUUAACCCUCUUUUUAUGAGUCCAAGACUUUUCUCAGAAAUUGGCCUGGGUUCCUCAGGAUCAGGAGGCAUGUGGGUACAGAGGUACCGGUCCUCUGUGUAUUUGCAACUCUGUGCUUGUCCUGCUAGCGAUGUGAUGUCUAAAAUCUCAGGUGGGGCUGAUGUGGGCAGGCAUUUGGUGGUGGGGGUCCUGGGCAAUUGUGCUGAGCUGGUUGGGUAAGUGAAAGAUUAGAUUCUGUCCUUGUGCUUGAGUUGCUCUUGAUCUGGCCACAGACAGGCACAUUAGCCGAAUGUGCUGGUACAAGCUGGAGCCUCUAGCAAGCAGGGUGGCUUAGUAUAUUCUGUGCUGUAGCAGAAUACCACAGACUGGGUAAUUUAUAAUGAACAGAUACUGGCUUUCAGUUCUGCAGGCUGGGAAGUCCGAUGUCAAGGUGCCAACACCUUAUGAGGGCUUUCUUGCUGCAUCAUCCCAUGCCAGAAGGUGAGGGCUAGAAGGGCCUGAACUUGCCCUUUAUAAGGGCACUAACUAGUCCCACCCAUGAAGGUGGAGCCCUCAUGACCUAAUCACCUCUUAAAGGUCCCACAUCUUAGUACUGUUACAAUGGCAACUAAAUUUCAGUAUGAAUUUUGAAGGGGACAAAUAUUCAAACCAUAGCACAGGGCCUGUGGCAAAGCUUUCUGCCUUGUGAACUGGGGGACUUAGGGGGUCUUGUCUGAUGUACUAGCAUUUUACAGUCAAGGAAGAGAAGGGAGAACGUUCAUUUCAGGCAAAGUGACCAGCUUGGGUAAAGGCAUGGAAAAGCAUGUGUGUUGGGAAUGAUGGAACGAGUAUAGGCUGGAGAGGGGUGACAGGACAGGUGUGUCGAAGGUGCAGAGGAGAUAAGGACACAGGGACUCAUGGAGAUGGGGGGGGAUCUCAAGCGGAGACUUCAUGGCUUUAUUUAAGUUUUUGAAACACCCCUCGGCCAUAGAAUGGAAAUGGACUACAGAGGGAAAUAGGAAGGCAGGGAGACUGUUGAAGAAGCUGCUGAAAUGGUCCAUGUAAGAGAUAAUGAUGUUGACUUUGAGAUACAUUCAGGGGCACAGAUGCCAUAUGCUGGAUCUGGGGAAUAAUGCAAGAUGGAGAGGCUUUGAAGAUGUCACUCAGGGUUUAGGCCGAAAGAAUGAGUAAUGCCAUAAAUGGACAUUAUAGAAGAAGAACUCAAUUUGGGGAAUACUUACCACGUCAAUAACCAUUUACCGAACACUUAGGAGGUGCCAAAUACUAUGCCAAGCACUUUAUACACAUUUAGGUGAUUUAAUACUCACAGCGACUCUAGGGGGUGGGUACUAUUAUUGUCUUUUUUUAAACAAAGAGUGUAAAUAGCUUUUCUGAGAUUAGCAGACAGCAGAGUCAGGAUUUGAACCCAUGGCUAUCUAAUUUCUAAGUCUAUGCUUUGGAGUCUCACUCAGUUCUGCCUGAGGGAACAGCCGGCCAUUACUCAAGACUCAGCUCAAGGGCUGGUUCCUCCAGGGUGAGCCUUCCCUGAAUCUUCCCGGCUAGGCUGGCGCUCCUCCUCUGUGCUGCUUGUACAUACUUCUGUCAUCACAUUUCCUACACUCUACUGACAUUCCGUAGACCCAUCUGCUUCUUCAGUCGGAGAACUCCCGGGGGCAGGGAGGGUCCCAGUCAUUUCUGCAUCUCCAACGCCUACUAGCACAUGUUGAUUGGCUGACUGAAUACCAGUUAUUUUAGGCAGUUCUGUUCCCCCUUUCCUCUUACAUAGUAUGUGAACAAGUUCUGCUAAUAAUGAUCUCCUAAAUAUUUCUUUAUACUGUUGGGGCUCAGAAAGUGAUACCCCGAAGACUGGCGCUUUGACAUGCCAAGAGGCCUUAGACACUGCGUCAGAAUCAAGGUCCCUCUAACCUUGUCUUGUACUCCACCGUCCAAGUGCAGGGAGCAACCUUCUCUGUAAUUUCCUUACCUGACCAAGCAAGCUUCUUUCCACAACAAACACAAUUGCCUUCCUCCCCUCCCUGAAAUCUCAUCUAUCUCAGAAAAGAAGACUGAGGACUGCAUCUGCGCCUGAAUGGAUAUUUCACAAGAUGAUACCUGCCGCUUGGGCUCAUAAAGAUUCCAAAGAGAAUUCUUUACAAAUUAAUUUUUAUUUCUUCUCCCUAAUAAUCAUUUGCUGCCCCUCAAAAAAUUGUCUAUGUUCCUCAUCCCCCUCCUUCCCAAUGAAAAAGGGUAUAUAAGCUUCUGUACUCCACUAAAUUACUGGGUAAUCAGUCUCCUGUGACCAACCCCUGCCCUGUGCUAUGCACAUUAAAAUAAAAUUUUGU